CCCAAGUCUCCCUGGCGCAGUCGUCGCUUCAAGCAUGGCGAAAGAGCAGGAUGUGGGCAUAGUUGGCGGUGUCACGGCACAUCUAUCAAUCUUGAUGACCAUGGCGGCCUUUCUUGCCAUAGCAAUGCACAACGUCAUUGAGAUCAUGUUUCUCAUAUUUGCCCUCUUCAAGCAGCGCAGUGGCUUGUAUUUUUGGAGUUUCAUCAUUGCGACUUCAGGUAUCGUUCCUCACGCUAUCGGCUUCGUUCUCAAGUUCUUCCAGGUGACCACCUUGGACCUUUUGUCAAGCGCCAUCAUUGGUGUGGGAUGGGCAUGCAUGGUUAUUGGCCAAUCAGUCGUCUUAUACUCGCGUCUUCAUCUCGUUGUUCAGGAUAAGAUUCGGAUUCGCUGGGUGCUGUACAUGAUCAUCUUCAAUGGUCUCGUACUCGGCAUCCCCCUGUUUGUUCUAGCCAUGGGUGCGAAUUACAAGUAUUCGCCUCGCUUCCUUCCAGGCUUCUUGGUUUACGAUAAGAUACAAAUCGUCAUCAUCUCCAUCCAAGAAACCAUUAUAUCUUUGAUAUAUGUCUACGAAACCGUACGACUGCUGGGCGGACAUGGUACCAGGGCUCCAGUGCCUCUCAAGAAGCUCCUACGACAUCUUAUACUUGUCAACGUUAUCGUCCUGAUAUUCGACAUCACUCCUCUCGCUGUUCAAUUCUCUGGCCACUACGAAAUCCAAACAACAUACAAAACGGCCGUCUACAGUGUCAAGCUGAAAAUUGAGUUUUCAGUUCUCAAUCGCCUUGUCAGCAUCGUCAAGCACAAAAACCUACUAAGCACCAGAAGGACCUUGGGGACCAAUCUUACUUUCAGUAGAUGGACUGGAAGCAAAAAGGCCGACCUGGACACAGGGGUGAUGAACAAUACAGCAACCUUUACCAAGAUGGAUGAGCUUAGCUCAAGAGAUCGGUGUAGGAAGGUGUCAUCUGUGAAGACAUUUCAGGCGAGCGUGGACCACGUUGGAAUCAUCAACCUUGAAGAUGACACUCAAGAUUUAGAAUCGGGAAAUAGUCAGCUAGGAGUCCUAGAAAAAGCAACGUCUUCAAGCACUGUUGUGCGGGUGUGAUGAGGAGCGUUUAAAGUAGUCUCUUAACUUUGCAUAUUCCUAAUGGGCUAAGAGAAG